AAGAAGUCUUGGUCUCUCCACUGCAAGAAGAUGGUUCGCUGCGUUGCCAAACUCACGGACGAUCUCGUGGCCGAGAUCCUUUCUCGCCUACCGACCAGGUCCUUUUUCCGGUUCCAAUGCAUCUCCAAGUCGUGGCUCGCCCUUUCCUCUGAUCCUUGCUAUCAGAACAAGUUCCCUCGUGCUGCAUCUGGCCUCUUCUUCAAUGUCCCCGAUGGAGGCUCGGCGCCCAUUCACAGGGCGAGGAGAGGUAUACAAUAUAUUAGCCUCUCAAACAAUGAUGAUGAUCUUGCCAUCGACACCACUCUCAAUUUCUUACCCAACAUAUGCAAUAUGGAGGUCCUCAGCUCCUGCAACGGGCUGCUCCUCUGCCGCUCGUGGGUUGCACAGAGCUGGGGUCUAACCCCUUGCGGCGUUAAGGCUCAAUCCAUCUAUGUCUGCAAUCCCGCCACUAGCGAGUGGGUCAUUGUCCCUAAGGCAAAUGACACAUAUAACUACCACUACCUAGCUUUGGGCUUCGAUCCUCGUCUCUCCCGCCACUACCAUGUUCUCUGCUUCGACUUCUACAAGAUCCUUAGGUUUAUGAUCUUUUCGAGUGAGACAAACGAGUGGGUCGUCAGCGAAGUCUUCGACGGCAAAAACUAUCACGAACCACAAGCUACUUUCUUCCACGGAAUUUUCCACUUUACAAACGGUCUGAACCAAGUCUUGGGAGUUGAUCCGGAGGGAAAGAUCUGCCGCAGAAUUGAGCUGCCUGAAUCUGAUGGGAUAGAAUGUCUUGGACUCUCAGGAGGUUAUUUGCAUUACAUGCUGCAAAGCAAGGAUGAGAUAAAGGUCUGGAUGCUCAAGGACUAUUCUCAUGUGGAAUGGGUGUUGAAGUCUUGCAUUAAUAUCAGAGCUAUGUUACAGAACCAUGGGAUCUUUGAAACACAAAAUGUUCAUGGGAUCUCUGAAACACAAAAUAUUCAUAUCUUGGAAUUUCAUCCAGAUGUUGAUGUUGUUUUCCUUCGAAUAAAGCAGAAGAUCUUCUCAUAUCACUUAAACAGCGGCAGAUUGGAAGAAGUUGGCGACUUGUCCUAUAUAUACGGUCCAGGAUGUGCUGUUUAUUCACCCCGCUUAUCGAAGGGGUUUGGCGAUGAGGUUGCCUAAUGGGAUGGACGAGGGACAGGUUAUAUGCAUUGUUCUUGGCAACAGAUCAAGACGUGUUAGAGGUCUGUAAAAUUUACCAUCUAUUGUCUUGUGGUUUUCACCUACUUGAAUCCUGCCUUCGUAGUUUAACUGUGAAGAUAUUCAUCAAUCGUGGAAUAUAUGUUAUUUGAUGCGGAACCAGCGCACCUACAUCAUCAUUAUUGUUUUGUCCUGGAAAAGAUGAAUUAUGUGACUUGGCAUUCCAUUC